CACCCAACAACGAGUUGUGUUAUCAGGAAACUAAGACGCGUUAUGAAUAAAAGCUAACAUACAAAAACAACGCGGAUAAAAUAUAACAUAUAAUGGCACCCAACGUAGCAAUACCGGUCGAGCGCUAUGAGUCCAAUGCUCAUGGAAUUAACGCUAUUCUUUUGGGCCCACCCGGUUCUGGCAAAGGCACACAGGCUCCUUUGCUGAAGGAAAAGUUUUGCGUUUGCCAUUUAUCCACCGGCGAUAUGCUUCGCGCUGAGAUUUCAUCCGGUUCCAAACUCGGUGCAGAAUUAAAAAAGGUUAUGGAUGAAGGUAAACUCGUCUCCGAUGAGCUUGUGGUAGAUAUGAUUGAUUCGAAUUUGGAUAAAGCAGAGUGCAAGAAUGGAUUUCUGCUGGAUGGAUUUCCCAGAACGGUCGUACAAGCUCAGAAGCUUGAUACAUUACUUGACAAGAGGAACACACAAUUGGACGCAGUCGUUGAGUUUGCUAUUGAUGACAACAUGCUCGUAAGGAGAAUUACUGGAAGAUUGAUCCAUCAAGCUAGUGGACGGUCCUAUCAUGAGGAAUUUGCCCCGCCCAAAAUACCAAUGAAAGAUGAUAUUACAGGCGAGCCUUUAAUGAAACGCAGUGAUGAUAAUGCAGAAGCUCUAAAAAAACGACUUGAAUCUUAUCAUAAGCAAACCAAACCAUUGGUUGAUUAUUAUGGCUUAAGAGGACUUCAUUUUAAAGUAGAUGCUGCUAGAAAGUCCAGUGAUGUCUUUUCAACAAUUGACGCUAUUUUUCAACGCAAGUCAACGAAAGUUCAGUUAUAAUCUAGUACACUAUUAAAACUAUUGUGGUCACUGCCUAUUGUUUAUUUGGAUAAUAUUUUGCAGCAUUGCAAAAUUUCUUUGUACAGUUUUUUCCAUUUAAAUACAGGUUUAUACUAUACAACUUC